CUAGGUAACUGAGAAUAACUGAGGUCAGAGCAGGCUCCUAUGCUCCUCAGGUUUAUUUGGGAUCAGGGACAGGGGUCCUGUGUUCUCCACUUUUUAAAAUCAGGUAACGCAAUUACAAUUACUGAAAUUUAAAUGAGUUUGUUACUCGCGUUACUCUCUUUUGUGAAAAACGAACACUUGCAGACAAGAAGACAAGAGGCUCACUUCUAACCUGACGUCGCAGGGUGGCACAUACAUCAAUCGAAUCAAUCAAUGAGCAUUAAACCACAUCAUGGUCGAGAGUGCGGCUAGGAUGAGCUUUCUCUCCUGGAAGUAUGGACAUUAAUCCAUCGUCUAAAUCAAAGACAGAAACGUAGUGCUUUAACCACAGUUUCCACCUGUCUGGAGGAGAUAAAGGCGUGGAUGAAGGCAAACUUCCUGCAACUCAACAGCUCAAAAACAGAAGCCAUUCUUGUUGGCACUCCACACCAGAUCCGGUCAUCCACUAUCACCAGCAUCACCCUCCCCGGUGUCAACAUCCACCUCUCACCCUCAGUCACAAAUCUGGGUGUCAAAAUGGACCCUCACCUGACUUUUGAGGCCCACAUCAAACAUCUGUGCAAAACCUCCUUCUUUCACCUCAAAAACAUUGCGAAACUCCGCCCUUCACUCACUCUCCCCGAUGCUGAGAAACUUGUCCACGCCUUUAUCUCCUCCAGGCUGGACUACUGCAACGCACUCCUCAUCGGGAUCCCCAGCAAGAACAUCCAGCAGCUGCAGUACAUCCAAAACUGCGCUGCCAGGAUCCUGAUGAGGGUGCGGAAAUUCCAGCAUAUCACACCCAUCUUCAAAACCCUUCAUUGGCUUCCAGUUCAGUUCAGGAUCGAAUACAAGGUUUCCCUUCUGUCCCAUCAGUGUCUCCAUGGCUCUGCCCCCCCUUACCUCAAAGAACUCACCCCCCCCCCCACUCCUCCUCACGUCAUCUCCGGUCCGGACAAUCACAUCUCCUCCAGCAAAAAAGAACCAAGCUAAGGACUAUGGGCGACCGUGCUUUCAGCUCUGCUGCUCCCAGUUUGUGGAAUGCUCUCCCUGACCAACUAUGGGCACCACAGACUGUGGAUUCUUUUAAGAAAGGCCUAAAAACACAUCUUUUUAGAAAAGCUUGUAACUAAAUGCUUUUAUCUAUCUGUUUUAUGCUGGUUUUAGCCUAAUUUUAUGCUACUUUUAACUUUAUGCUAAUUUUAUGCUACUUUUAACUUCCUCUAUGGUGUUAAUUUUAUCCUGUUGUGUGUGUAUGUGUGUAUGCAUUGUAGCACUUUGAGAUCAUUUAUUUGAUGUA